GUAUAUAAAAAGUGGCAGAACACAAGUGGUGCUUUAUCCACCCUGUCCCGCUCUGGGUAAGAGGAAACCCUUAACUGCUCCGGCUCAACCAGCUUCACACUCCUAUUCUUUAAGCCCACACCCGUUGGACACGUGCACGCUCAGGACCAGAAUGGCAGCAGCAUCUGCACGGAGAACACACAGGCUCUGCAAAACGCUGGCGUUUGGGCUGCUUCUCAUAUCCUCACUCCUAAAUGCAGGAGUCAUGGCCCAGGAAGAGGACGUUGUCGCUGCAGCGGCGGCACCUCUGAAUGCAGACGAACACAUACGAGGAGACAUGAUUCCAAAGGCAACUGAAGCUUCAGAGCCAGAUGAUCCGCAAAUCUUGGUUUUCCCUAGUGUUGGAGCUCUGACUGAACAGACUACGGCAGCAGCAGCAACGCCAACAGCUACAGUAGGAGGAGACAAGACCGACAGCGUCCCAGAGGAGAUCGCAGAUAAGAAAGACGAGUUCACAGUUGAGGUCCACACGGAUAUUGCCAAAAUUGUGGAAUCAGUGACCCCAGCAUCUAUGCCUGCCAGAGGCGACGGUGGCAAAAACAUUCCGCGGCCAGUGCCACAGGAGGAUGUUGUAUGUGUCACCAAAGAGGCGGUCCAGGACAAAAACGCAGUCAAUCUAAAACUCAAGGCCUCCUCCAACUGUAAAGACAGCAAAAUGAAGAUUGAAAGUGUUCUGCAGCAGCUGUGUGGUGAAGACUGUAAGCUAGACAUCUACCAAGAGGACAACUCAGGCGAAGUCUUAGUUUCUGGAAAGUAUGUUGAAGAUGAUGUUGUAGGCAUGGCUAACAAAUUCAACAAUGACAACAUCAAAGAUAAGACUGACGUGGAGGAGGCUGUUCCUCGUUGGGGAAAGAACUCUAAGUUGGUGCUGGUUUCUUUGCUACUGACUGGCCUGUUGCUGGCUGCACUGCUGGUAGCUGGUUAUUACCUUAAAACCCACCGCAAGAACUCCAAAGGAGUCAGACUGGCCGAAUCUUUCCAGGUAGAUGAGGAGAACCAGGCCAAUACCCUGGUGUCUGUGGCCCCCCUACCCCAGGAGCCUCUGGACAAGCAGACCAUCAAUGGUGAGUCUCCACCAGAAAAUGGGACCAACCCCGCCCCCACCACUAACGGACACUCUGCCACCCAGACCCCAGUGGCCGACACAGAGAUGUGAAUCACGACACCUCGGUCCUCCUGUCCUAGCCAUCACCAACUGGGACACACUACCCACAAGCCUCUCUGCUGCCUCAGCGACUGUCCACACACUGAGACAUAUUCAACAAGAAUUCGCCAAAUACAUUCACCUCCCCUCUUCCUCGACUGCACCUCUCGGGCCACUGACGACAACAACGAUGAAGCUCAUGACAAUGAUGACGAUAAGGACAAUGCCUGUAAUGUGAAACGUUUGGGAUCUUUGCUGGUGUCAAGAGGAGUGUACGUACCCUGUGUUUAGGACUGUGACUGCUCAGCAGGGCACUGACUGGGAUUUGUUAGCUGCCCUAACUUUAGUCUGGUUGUAACAAACAUCGCACAAUCCCAAAACAAUGCCAAAUAUGUGCUGUUGAUUUCAAACGAAGAAGCAACAAAUCCAUAUCAAUCCAUAAUUGUGAUGCAAUGAAAUGAGACCAGUUGACGGACGCUUACUGCAUUUGUUUUUAAACGUAUAUAAUUUCGAUUCAGAUAAUGUUUUUGCCCCCAAAAAAAAUCUUUAAAAACUUUUUUUUUUAACUUUAAAUUGGGUAUAUUUUCUCAGCUUGCUGUAACUGUAAUGAAAAAACUGCCAUCUUGGCAGAAACCUUGCUUGUCACUGUAGCAACGAUAGAAUAGCAAGCAUGGUCUUUGGUUUUUACUAUGGAAGAAAAUAAAUCCAGCAAGCUACUCAUACCAUGGGAAUGUCAGCUGGACGCUGAGUAUUUGACUCAUUGCUUUAGAUUAAUAAGCAUAAUUAACAACUUAACCUACUGACAACGACUGUCAAAGUUAAACUGGGAUAGGUUGCACAAUUCAUUUAAUGUGUUGUGAUAGCGUGGUGAUUUUAAUGUCAUAAAUGUACAUGUUUGUACAUUCUUUUUAUUUCAAACAAAUGCAAACUUUUACUACUCUCACUACUGUCUUCGGAAAUGGUGAAAAGCUGCAUUUUUUAAAUUCAGAGAAAAAGGAAAAAACACAAAAAACACCAAACAGACUGGGAGUUUCCUAGGUGCCGAGCUGGAAAACUAAAUCACUGCCAUGAAAAAACAUUUCCUAGACUGGCUUCUUUCCUUGUUGAUAUAAAACUUAGUUUUUCCAUCAGUGAUAUACAUGUUUAGCUGCUCUUUUGAACAACUGGCUGAUUUAAUAAUGUACUGCAUGUGUAAAUAAGCCUGCUUUUUCUGUUAGUUGUAGCUGUGCCGGACUCAUAAACUGUGAUUGUUGACAAUA